GUCUCACUCCUCCCCCAGGGAGUUCCCACACUGCAGGCGGAAGCAGAGGAAUCCUCUCUCCAGCAAGGAGAAUCCAAAGAUGUCAAAAGAUGCUAAAUGUAACAGUGCAGAGCAGGUUCCCUUUAUGGAAGAAUGGAAGGCAAGAAGAGAGAGAAUGAGGUUACGCUCCGUUUCCUCAAGUUUUGUUGGGAGCAGGUCCAUAGACAUCCAGGUCCAGCAGGAAGUGGAUCUCCAAUCCCAGUCAUGGUCUUCAAAUUUGGGUCAAGAUCAUGAAAAAGAUAUGGGAGGAGUGAAAGCAACUACAUCAUCUAUCAAAAUCCAGUCUCUGGUGACUGCAGAGAUUGAAGCUCACAAGCCUGUUACUUCAAAAACCAAGGAGAUGAAAGGGAGCCCUCAAAAUAAACAUCGCACUCAGAUUGAGAAAAGGAAGCUACGGGAGAAGAGGAGGCCUACUGGAGUAGUAAAUAUGUUUCCGUCUGAGGAUCCUGAUGAGAAUGAAGACGUUAAAGAAAAGGAGGAACAUAAAGAGCAAGAAGUGGUUAUCCAGAGUCAGUACCCAAAUCCACACCUUCAGAAAGCCAACACAAACUCACCUCUUCAAAGCAAUUAUGGCGGCCGCUGUCAGAAUACAAAGGAAACAGCAGAUGUUUCAUCCAUCAAGGUCCGAUAUCUGAAGGAACUUGCACAAACAGAUGUGCAUUCACUGGGUCCUGCUCCAGACAAUGUGGAUAACAACCUGAAAGAAAGGCAGUCAUGGAUGGAAGAACUGCAGAAGACAGUUAGAGAAAAGAGACAAGAUAAUCUUAAACUGACCUCUCAGUUGAAUGACACGGAGGGAUCAGUGCUCCAGCUGCAAAUAGAAAUGAAGACCUUGGCUCAGAAAAUGAAGGGAGCCGAAGAUGAGAAAGUGAGACUGAAGGAAGAAAACCAAAUGCUGCUUAAGAUGAUGGGUCAACUCAGCAGUUAA